AUCCGCUGCCUGUCAGAAUGUGACGCAGCGUGCGUCGGUUUGUUUGUGUCCGUGCCUGGUAACUUCAUGAAGACAUGGCAGCGAACAUGGAGCUGGCGCCUCUCAGACCGUGGGACGACUUCUUCCCCGGGACGGACCGCUUCACCAAGCCGGAGUUCGGGGAUUUGACCAAGUGGAACAACAGAGUGAUCAGUAAUCUCAUGUACUACCAGACCAAUUACUUCGUCGUGGCCCUGGUGGUGUUCCUCAUUGUAGGAUUCAUGAAUCCUUUCGGUAUGUUCCUGGGAGGCACUGUGGUGAUUCUGGUCUUCAUGGGAUCGGUGUGGGCUGGAGAAAACCAGGCCGUCAUCAAGAACUUCAAGAAGAAGAGCCCCACUCUGUUUGUCAUUGUCGUGAUGGUCACCAGUUACUUCCUGCUGUCGCUGUGCGGCGGUGUCAUGGUCUUCAUCUUUGGUAUCACCUUCCCUUUGCUGUUAAUCCUGAUCCAUGCCUCCCUGAGGCUGCGUAACAUGAAGAACAGGCUGGAGAACAAGAUAGAAGGUGUCGGGCUGAAGAAGACCCCGAUGGGCGUCAUCAUGGACCUCCUGGAUCAGCAGGAGGAGAAAAUAAACAAGAUCCAAGAUUUAAUCGAAGGCAAGCUAAAGGGUUAAGGCUCAAGUGUACCGAGGGAAAUCGUGUCAUGCAGUGCAGAUUGAGAUCUUAGUAGCAUUGCUCCAUGUGUCACUAUUUUAUACCCGCACUCCACACGUCAAGUUACUGAUAGAUGCAUUCCCACCCUCUUUUUUUUCCCCACUUUGGUUUUAUAGGGUAUGUGUUCAUCCUAAUUGAAAUAUUUAGAUAGACAUAUGAACAUGAUGUAUAAUAAAUAUGGACUGGGUGGUGUGUGUUAAAGAUUACCAAAGGUUUGAGCGUUCCUGUCUGAAAUCGUCCACAAACGCAUCGUUUCCCUCGUCGAUUGUGCAAUUUGUCUCAUCAGAAAAAGACUUGAGCAGUCAUUUCAGCAAACCCAACGUGAAAUGUUUGAAUAAAAAUAAAUAAAAAAAAAGCUAUUGCAGGGAUGAGACAUCAACUGAUGUCGUUACAGAAAAGAAAUGAUUUCCUUUAAGUUCGCUACCUCAGAAGGAGCAUGUUUAUCUCUGUUCUCACCAAGUAGACCCACAGUACCGAUUUACCUACCUAACAGCCGGUGACACACUUAUUUAGCAGCAAUAACGGCAAUCUUUCGACGACAGGAGCUCUGCGGAGGCUUACCGGAGACCAAUCUGCUCGUAGCGUAGCUGAGGUGUGUGUGGGAUGGUGAACAGUACUGGAGAGCAGCUGGAAUCUGUGUGUACAGUUCCUGUGUAUCUGCUUCGAUCACAGCUAUGCAAAACUGAAAAAGGGAAUGGCAAGUGCAGCUUCAUUGUUUGAAUAUACUCUCAUUAAUAUGUAUACAUUUGUUGUCUGGUGUGUUUUUAUUUCCGUAAUAUAGCAUGCAGAAAUGUAUGAAAUGGCUGCUGGAUGCAAAGUACUUAGUUUCUAAUCAAACAAACUGUAUUAAAGUGUCACUUUAGGAGGAGUAAAUAUUGGACUAGGCCCUUUCCCCCCCGUUACAUCCCCUAACCUUUACAAAAAGCCAAAUUAUAUUUUUCAACCAUAAUGUUAAGUGCUCAUUUUGUAUUCCUGUCGUCUUCUGCUGUUUUUUUUUUCUUUCUUCAUCACACGUGCACAUUGACGGCAGGUCGUGCAUGCUACCUUUGAAAUGACAGAGAGGUUGUUCAUGUUUUAUUGAUGCUUUGUUAUGUAUUCCUGAUGUUUUUAUGUGACCUUUUCAUUUCAUGAAAAGUAAUGAACUGGAAGUAAAACAUGGCUGUCCUCCACAAAAAUAAAAAUAACUUGACUUA